AUGGGGAAGUUAUUAUCUAAAAUUUUUGGAAAGAAGGAAAUGAGAAUAUUGAUGUUAGGGCUUGACGCUGCAGGAAAAACAACAAUAUUGUACAAAUUAAAACUUGGGCAAUCUGUAACAACCAUUCCCACAGUUGGUUUCAAUGUAGAAACUGUGACUUACAAAAAUAUAAAAUUCAAUGUUUGGGAUGUCGGAGGUCAAGAUAAGAUUAGACCGUUAUGGCGACAUUAUUAUACCGGGACUCAAGCUUUAAUAUUUGUGUUGGAUGCCGCAGAUAGAGACAGAAUUGACGAGGCAAGAGUGGAGUUGCACAGAAUAAUCAACGAUCGUGAAAUGAAAGAUGCCAUCAUACUAGUAUAUGCGAAUAAACAAGAUUUAGCCGAUGCCAUGAAGCCUCACGAGAUCCAAGAUAAGUUGGGCCUUGUUCGGAUUAGAGAUAGGAAUUGGUAUGUGCAACCUGCGUGUGCAGCAAACGGCGAAGGACUUACCGAAGGCUUAACAUGGCUUUCCAGUAACUGUAAACCAUAA